AUAGGUACAGGUGAGUCAGGCAAGUCUACAUUUAUUAAGCAGAUGAGAAUCAUUCAUGGCCAAGGCUACACAGACACAGACAGAGCCGGGUUUAAGCCUCUGGUUUUUCAAAAUAUUUACAUGGCAAUGGAGAACCUCUUGGCGGCCAUGGACUUACUCAAGAUUCAGUUUCAAAAUUCAGGAAAUGAGGAAAAUAGUGCUGUUGUUCGUGUUGUUGAUAAAGACCACGUGGAGGCUAUAGAUGAGACUCAAUUGAAAGCUCUGAAGGCUUUGUGGGCUGAUCCAAAAAUGCAGGCUUGCUAUGAUCGACGUAGAGAAUAUCAACUGUCCGAUUCAGCCAAAUAUUAUUUGGAUGCUCUGGAUAGAAUCUCCACUAAGGGGUAUAUUCCUAAUCAACAGGAUGUGUUGAGAGUGCGUGUUCCUACCACAGGAAUUAUUGAAUAUCCAUUUAAUUUGGACAAAGUCUUGUUUAGAAUGGUUGAUGUCGGAGGGCAGAGGUCUGAACGUCGGAAGUGGAUUCACUGCUUUGAAAAUGUUACAUCUAUCAUGUUUCUUGUGGCUCUUAGUGAAUACGACCAGGUGUUGUUCGAAGAACAAAAUGAGAAUCGUAUGGAGGAAAGCAAAGCUUUGUUUCAAACUAUCAUCACGUAUCCGUGGUUUCAGAACAGUUCUAUUAUUCUGUUUCUCAAUAAGAUUGAUCUGCUGGAGGAGAAAAUCAAGAUGUCUCAUUUAUCAGAUUAUUUUCCAGAAUACAAAGGUAAGCAAUUUAUUGGUUUUGUACAUGUACUGAGUGAGGAUGUUAAUGUGCAAAACUGCACAGUCAAUUGUAACUUUUUAUACACGAAAUAGUUGUAGUUGA